AUGAGCACUGGAGACUUUUUGACAAAAGGGAUUGGACUUAUUCAGAAAGCUAUCGAUCUUGAUACCGGUACACAAUAUGAGGAAGCAUAUACCGCGUAUUACAAUGGGUUGGAUUAUUUAAUGCUGGCAUUGAAAUAUGAGAAAAAUCCGAAAUCCAAAGAUCUCAUAAGGGCUAAGUUCACCGAAUAUUUGAACCGAGCUGAGCAGUUGAAGGACCACCUAGAGUCACAACAGAACAACAAGGAGAACAAGAAAGACUCUCCUGCGAAGAAAACAAGUGCUAAUUCCAACAGUAAUGACGACGACGCAGAUGAUAAAAAAUUGCGGGGCGCAUUGUCCAGCGCAAUUCUCACGGAAAAACCCAAUGUGCGCUGGGAGGACAUUGCUGGUUUAGAAGGCGCAAAAGCGGCAUUGAAAGAAGCCGUUAUUUUGCCCGUGAAAUUUCCUCAUCUGUUCACUGGAAACCGUAAACCAACGUCAGGAAUUUUGUUGUUUGGCCCACCGGGAACUGGUAAAUCAUAUCUAGCAAAAGCUGUUGCGACAGAGGCUAACUCAACUUUUUUUAGCAUAAGCUCGAGUGACCUGGUAUCGAAAUGGAUGGGUGAGUCCGAAAGGUUGGUGAAGCAACUUUUUGCAAUGGCAAGAGAGAAUAAACCUUCUAUUAUUUUCAUUGACGAAGUAGAUGCUUUGACAGGCCAACGAGGCGAGGGUGAAAGUGAAGCCAGUAGAAGAAUCAAGACCGAGCUGUUGGUGCAAAUGAAUGGUGUGGGAAAUGAUGCCCAAGGAGUUCUGGUCCUGGGAGCAACGAACAUUCCAUGGCAGCUGGACAGUGCUAUAAGAAGACGGUUUGAAAAGAGGAUUUACAUACCUCUCCCUGACCUUGCAGGAAGAACUCGUAUGUUUGAACUGAAUAUUGGUGAGACACCUUGCUCACUUUCUAAGGAAGAUUUCCGAACUUUGGGCCAGUUAACAGAAGGAUAUUCUGGUAGUGAUAUCGCUGUUGUGGUCAAAGAUGCGUUGAUGCAACCUAUUCGGAAAAUUCAAGAUUCAACACAUUUCAAAGACAUUUCGCAAGACCCGGAACAUCGUAAGUUAAUUCCUUGCUCCCCGGGAGACGAUGGUGCCAUUGAACUGAGCUGGACUGACAUAGAGGCUGAUGAGCUGCAAGAACCAGAACUCAAUAUCAAAGAUUUUUUGAAAGCUAUCAAAACUACCAGGCCUACUGUGAAUGAAAGUGAUCUCAAGAAACAAGAAGAGUUCACUAACGAUUUCGGACAAGAGGGUUUGUAA